UCAAACAUGUUCCUAAUAUAUUGGUAAUGAAAUACUUUUUGAUUAUCAAAAUUUUCUAACCUAGGGGUAGGAUCCUUCCUUACCCCAGAACCUUUUUUCCCCUAGCUUGUAGCAAGAGAAUUUUUAUUUUCUCCAAAAUAAACAAAUUUUACUAUCUGAAUUUCCAUCUAAAUUCGACAAAAUAUUACAAAGGAUUUUCUGGAAAAUAAUCUCUUACAUUGUUCAUACCUAAAUCCCAUUCCUCCAUUUCGAAAUGUUUAAGGCAAUUGAUGUCUCCUGAUGAAAUAUAAUUCGUCAGUCGCUGAUUCCUAUCUUUGUUGAGAUUUUAUCAUUAACAAAGGGUGUUAUUCAAAGAAUGUAAGUUAUUUGACGUUCAGGAUCAAUUCUAUGUACUUAUUAAGAAUCUGAGAAAUGCCUCAUCGUGGGGCAAAAUCAUUUUCAUCACAACCAUCAAUUGCUCAAAAAUUAAAAGAUGAUCCUGUAGAUCCUAAAAAUGCUCAGGGUAGCGUUACGUGUGUUUAUCAGUCUCAUAUAGGGGGAUAUUGGCGUAACGUUUCAGUUAUAUGGAGAAAGAAUGUGAUGAAUCAUUGCCUUACCAUAUUGGUUGAUAGCGUAGAAAAUGACGAUCAUCGAACUUGCAAGAUUGAUCUAAAACCUUGGCAUUUUUGGGCCAAAAAAGGUUACAAAACGUUUGAGGUUGAUGGAAAUCAAUUGGAGGCUUAUUGGGAUUUAAGAUCAGCAAAAUUUUCUGGUAGUCCUGAACCAUUUAAAGAUUUUUACGUCGCGUUGGUUGCAGAGGAAGAAGUUGUUUUAUUGUUAGGUGAUUACAAGAAAAAGGCUUAUAAGAGAACAAAAUCAAGGCCAGCUCUUGUAGAUGCAUUGUUGUUUUACAAAAAGGAGCAUGUUUUUGGUAAGAAAAGUUUCUCAACAAGGGCGAAAUUCGAAAACAACAAAAAAGAAAGUGAUAUUGUUGUAGAAAGUUCAACUUCAGGGCCAAGAGAUCCUGAAAUGUGGAUAAGUAUAGAUGGGAUUAUUUUGAUUCACAUAAAGAAUUUGCAGUGGAAAUUCAGGGGAAAUCAGACGGUACUAGUGAACGAGCAGCACGUACAAGUAUUUUGGGAUGUGCAUUCUUGGUUGUUUUGUGAACCUGGUUCUAGUCAUGGGUUGUUCAUUUUCAAGCCAGGGGUGUCUGAAUUGGAAAGCGACAGAGAGGGAAGUAGUGUCGGAGGUGACAGUGAUUGCAGCGAUCAUACAAAGUAUUAUUCAACGUUGAGUCACUCAAAAGCCUCACCCUUUUGCCUUUUCUUGUGUGCGUGGAAGAUUGAGUAAUGAUGAGAGAGAGAAGGAGAACUCGCGUAGAUGGUAGUGAAGUUCUAAGCGGAGGCAUGAGCUGAGGCGGACCCAAAAUUAUGUUUACUUGAUGAGCUCAACCUUUAAGGUUCUCAGAAUUUAAAUUUGUUGUUGUUUUAGUGAAUUUCACAUGUAUAUUUAUGUAUUGUACCGAAAAAUGAUUAGUUUUGAUUGAACUCAUCAAAUCCAAGGUCUCCGUUCGCUUCUGGAGCUGAUGCUUGGCUAAAAAAGUACCCACACAAGUUUUAGCCUGAGCUUUUUUGUUCCGAAGUGAUUGCCCUCUGCAUCAAAGAAUUUAUUGUGGGGAUUGGUUUGAGCAACUUUAUGGUCUACUUUUUUCUUUAUAUUAUCCUCCCUCCAUGUCUAUGUGACUUUUGUAAGUUGUGAUCUGUAUGUUAUUCCAGUAUUAGAAAAUCAAAUGGUUGACAUUUUUUCUAAA